AUGGAAAGGAUUAGAAGAAGCUAUGGAUAUAUGAAUGGUUUUGAUGUGCAAGCUGAUGGCUCGAAAGUUGGAUUAUCAUUGGCAUGGAAACAAGAUAUUCAAAGAGGAGGGGUUCCAAGAGAGGAAAAGAGAAUGGAGGCUUUGCGUGCUGCUCUUGAAGAGUGUCAAUUAAUGGAUGUAGGAUUUUCAUGUGUAUGGUUCACAUGGGAAAGGGGCAAUUCAGCUGUAACAAAUAUACAGGAAAGGCUUGACAGAAGGGUAGUGAAUGAAGCAUGGUUUUCGGCUUUUCCACAUGCACAGAUAGCAAAGGACGCUUGGGACAGCAUGCAAGGGUUGUUACCGGAUAAGCUGGAAGAUCUAAAGCAGAAAAUUAGUCAAUGGGCAUUUCAAAUAAAGAAAAACAGACAGGGUGUCAAACAGCACCUACAUAGGAAAUUGGAUAGAUUAUUGGAGGAGGAUAGGAUCAAUGAAAACCUAGCUGAAAUUAUUAAUACAAAAAUACAUCUUAAUCAGGAAAUUAAUAAAGAUGAAGUUUAUUGUAAACAAAGAGCUCGUGCAAAUUGGCUAAAAUUGGGAGAUAGAAAUACCGCAUUCUUUCACAGCUUGCAGAACAAUCUUGGGGAACACGUGUGUGAUGAGGAUGGGAUGGCAACGAUUGCAAAGAAUUAUUUUCAGGACCUGUUUAUGUUGAGAGGAAUUAGCAAUCUAAAAUCGAUUUUAGAAAGAGUGGAAAGAUGUAUCAUUGAAGACAUUAAUGCAAAGCUCAUGACAAAAUACACUGCAGAAGAAAUAUGGACAGCUCUGAAGUCAAUAGGCCCCACAAAGGCUCCUGAUGAUGAUGGAUUCCCAGCAAUUUUCUUCCAAAAAUGCUGGCACAUAGUAGGAAGUGAGGGAGGCAACGAUUUUAGGAGCUUGUAA